AUGCGUCUUUUCGAUGUGACACGACGACUGCGAGGCGUCGGUGCAGCGCGGUGGCACGCAACUUAUGGAGCAAAGGUACUCAAGCAUAAGGAUAUGCUGACAAAGUAUGGGGAUCUUACAGUGGUGAAAGACGUGCUCACUUUACUAGAGCAGACAGAGUCUUACAUUUCGAAGUGGCGCCUGAAUAAGUGGGAGUUUCGUGUUCCGCCCCUUCUCUGCCCAGCGGAGAGGGAAAAGGUAAUGCUACAACAAGAUAUGCUGAAAGCAAUUUGCCUGAAUCAGGCAGAAGAGCGCAAACAGGUUUUCGAUGACAUUCAAAUAGUGGCAGCUAUAACUGGUACUUCGCCCGAGUCUGUGCGGGAGAAAAACCGCGCGUGGCUUCAGGAAGAAGCUUCUAAGCUUCGAUGGAGAGGAGAGGUUAACAAGGCAAGGGAGCUACGAGAUGCUUUUCUGCGCCUGGAGGUGUACGGUUCUCGAGAUCAUCGCUUGCUGGAGAGACUCUGUUGCAUUUACGGUAUGGGUAUGCAAGGCACAUUUGAUGAGGCGUUCAGCAAUAUCAUUAUUCAAGACCUGUCGACUGGCAAGCUCUCUAUCGAUGAAACGAACCCAUUUGUCGAGCUGCAAGCGUACAUUGUUUCUCGCUAUCCACAAAUUGACUUAAUUCAUGAUUUUCUAGGCUUCAAUGUGAUUUCAGGAUACCGACCCUCAUUGAGGCGUUUUCUUAUUCACUGUUUGUCGAAGAAAAAUAACAUUGACAACCCCGUUUCUAACGGACGCGUUCUUUUGCAUGUGAGCGGGAGUAAAGAGACGUUGUUCGAUUUUGGGGAUAGCGAGAAUCAGAUCGUGCACGAUGACUCCAUCUAUGGACUACCCGACUUCAUGUAUGUCCGAGGGAGCGACGUUUUUUUGAUCACUAUCGCAGCCAACAAUCACUGGCUCCGCAAACGGCAAGUUCCGCACGCAAAGCAGCUCGAAGGAAUUGCGAGACGCAGCAGCUUUGUUCUAGGAAUUCCUUUGGACAAGGUACGUAUCCGCAACCUUCUUCUCCCACCAAACUAUGUAGACUCGAACUCUCUUCGCCGCCUUAUGGAGAGCGUUUUGGAUAUGUCACAGUCUUCUGUGAGGGAGGCAGCACCGUGGAUUUCGUUGUACGUGAAGGAGCUUGACACACUGGACGUGGACUACUGCGAGUUGGAGAAGACAGUCAAUGAGGAAGAAUGGCUGACACUUUAG